AGUGAAAAUGAAAACGAAGUUAAAAGCCGUUGUUCCUGGCGACCUCAAUCAAGACUUCUCCACCAGCACCGAUCUGCAUAUUUUUCUUAGUUUUGUGAUCAAUCCCCAAUUUUUUCUUCUCGAACCCUUUAACUCUAUGCUGUUUUUCUCGGAAUGGGGUUGUGGACACUUCUAGAAGGCUGCCUGCUUCUUGCAAACGCCCUGGCCAUAUUAAAUGAAGAUCGGUUCCUUGCCCCUAGAGGAUGGAGCUUCCAGGAGUAUUCUGGGAUUAAGAGAAACUCGUUCAAGGGACAGAUACUUGGUCUUAUCUACGCAACUCAGUACUUGAGAGUGCCCCUUAUACUUCUAAAUUUGCUCUGCGUCAUUGUGAAGAUGGUAUCAGGGUGAUGCUUGUGACCCUUUCUGAAAGGGAUUGUUUUAAUUGAUAUAGGUCAGGGGCAUAACGGUUAUGUACGCUUCUUUCAAGUAGACGUUUCUCUGAAGAUCAGGACAAUCUGUUUGAAACAGGAUGUUGAAUCUUACUAUAUUUUCCUUGAGAAUGUGUUCUAGAAACUUAUUAUUGUCUCACAAUCGUAGAACUUCCUCGAGCUGUUGUAUUUGGUAUCGAAGAAUUUGCUAGUUUGAUAAUGUUUUAACCAUCACCAAAUAUUUCCUGGCAGAACGCACUUGUGUUGGGUACAAGAUGGAAUUUUUCGAGCAAACUUAUAUUUAAGAUGUUUAUGGUUUUCCUCUUA